CGGGAGCAAGGGACAAGCCGGAGGCCGGCACAGUGGCCGCCUGAGGCUCCGCCGCCGCUGCAACUCCGCGGGUGCUGGGAGGUCGUGCGGGCUCUCCGAGAGGCUCGUGCGGGCCAGGACUGCCACAGCAGUGAAGAGACCUCCUAGGGCCCUCUUCGCUGGAGCCCUGCUGGAACUAGCGGUAUAGCCUGGGCUUGCAACAGGCGGAGUGCAGCGACUAGGCACAUCCAACCGGUGGGUGAUCCGAAGGUCUGCUCAGGGAGUUCGAGCCCAGCCUUGGCUACGUCCUGGGGCACCUCCAGCCUCCCUGCCCGGGAGCAGAGUCAGCCCUUCUGCACUACCUUCUGGAACAACCACAAAUCCAAUUUGGGAUUUUUUUUUCUGAGCAAACUAGAGCCUAGAGGUUGCUCUUCUCAUGCUGGAUUUAAUUCGUAUAUAGUUUGAGCGAGUUGGGACUCUCCCAAUUGAUUUUUGAUCUCCGUUUUCGUGACAGUUCCGCACACCUGCAUUCUAAUUCUUGUCGCUUUGGUCUGCUGUGCCCGCGUGGCUCCUUGACCCGCAAGUGAAGAGAGGACAUCGACGCGCAGAGCUUGGGGCGAUGUACCAAAGCCUGGCCAUGGCCGCCAACCACGGCCCCCCGCCCGGCGCCUACGAGGCGGGUGGCCCCGGCGCCUUCAUGCACAGCGCGGGUGCGGCGUCCUCGCCGGUCUAUGUGCCCACUCCGCGGGUGCCCUCCUCUGUGCUAGGCCUGUCGUACCUGCAGGGCGGAGGAGGGGGUGCCGCAUCCGGAGCCGCCUCGGGUGGCAGCUCCGGGGCCGCCCCGUCGGGUGCGGGGCCAGGGACCCAGCAGGGCAGCCCAGGCUGGAGCCAGGCUGGAGCCGAGGGAGCCGCCUACACCCCGCCACCCGUGUCCCCGCGCUUCUCCUUCCCGGGGACCACUGGGUCCCUGGCGGCCGCAGCCGCUGCCGCCGCGGCUCGAGAAGCCGCAGCCUACAGUAGUGGUGGCGGAGCGGCGGGCGCGGGCCUGGCUGGCCGAGAGCAGUAUGGGCGUCCCGGCUUUGCGGGCUCUUACUCUAGCCCCUAUCCGACUUAUAUGGCCGACGUGGGUGCAUCCUGGGCAGCAGCAGCCGCCGCCUCCGCAGGCCCCUUCGACAGCCCAGUCCUGCACAGCCUUCCCGGACGGGCCAACCCUGCCCGACACCCCAAUCUCGUAGAUAUGUUUGAUGACUUCUCGGAAGGCAGAGAGUGUGUCAACUGUGGGGCCAUGUCCACCCCGCUCUGGAGGAGAGACGGGACAGGACACUACCUGUGCAAUGCCUGUGGCCUCUACCACAAGAUGAACGGCAUCAACCGACCCCUCAUUAAGCCUCAGCGCCGGCUGUCUGCUUCCCGCCGGGUAGGCCUCUCUUGUGCCAACUGCCAGACCACCACCACCACGCUGUGGCGCCGCAAUGCUGAGGGAGAGCCUGUGUGCAAUGCCUGUGGCCUCUACAUGAAGCUCCAUGGGGUACCCAGGCCUCUUGCAAUGCGGAAGGAGGGGAUUCAAACCAGAAAACGAAAACCCAAGAACCUGAAUAAAUCUAAGACAACAGCAGGUCCAUCUGGUGAGAGCCUCCCGCCCACCAGCAGCGCCUCCAGCAACUCCAGCAACGCCACCAGCAGCAGCAGCAGCAGCAGUGAGGAGAUGCGCCCCAUCAAGACAGAGCCUGGGCUGCCCUCUCACUAUGGGCACAGCACCUCCAUAUCCCAGGCAUUCUCUGUCAGUACUGUGUCCGGCCAUGGGCCCUCCAUCCAUCCAGUGCUGUCGGCUCUGAAGCUCUCCCCACAAGGCUAUGCAUCUCCGGUCACUCAGACAUCACAGGCCAGCUCCAAGCAGGACUCUUGGAACAGCCUGGUCCUGGCUGACAGUCACGGGGACAUAAUUACAGCAUAAUCAUCCCCUCUCCCUCUUCAAAUUCCUGCUCGGACUUGGGACCUGGGGGCCAGCAAAGUCUGAGGCUGGGGCAACCUGGCCAGCCCCUUCGUCUGGGAACAACUCCCGAAGAACAACUGGGUAGAACUUGAAGUUGUUGACAAUCGCUUAGGGAUGUGGGUGCUGGGUUUCUUCAAACACCUUUUUCAGGUGGAGCCCUGGGAAGAGCCUGCGACCUUAGAGACACGCCCACCUUCGCGUGCGAGCACGGCCCAAUGAGGCUCUUCCCUGGUGCAGGAGAUCUUUCUCAUUCUCCACCUGCCUGUCCAGGAUAGAGACCUAAUCUCCUUCACCCCAACUCUCCACCCCAGUGGUUCUAGGUAGUGGGUUUUUUUUUCUUUGUGCUCCUCGGGUGGCUGUAGGGUCCCAGGCUUCAAGACACUGUCUCCAGCCUGUGCAGGGUGUCUACUUGAUGUGGACUGGACGUGGCAGCCCUGCCCUUGUCCAACACUCCCCUUGAGGCAUGGCAUAUCCCUGCAUGCCCCAUACCAGAUCUGACUCCAGAAGCGCGGGUGCAGUGCAGAUGUUACUGAGUGCUCCCUGGGGAGAUGGUGGUGGUGGU